GUGCCUCUUGAUUCUGGAUAAACUUAUAGGUCUUUACCAGCAAGACUGCUUCUCAAACGACCUUGCCCUACCGACGAGGCUCUCUCGACUCACAACCCAGAACUUGAUAAUAGUAGGGCAGAUUCCCCGGAUGAUGUCUAUAUAAUUUUAUACAUAUUUGUUGUUGACUCGCCGCUCGAUUUGACAGACGUUCUGCAUCCUUCGCUUUUCGACUUGUCCAGUAUCAUCACGACAGCAACCAGUCGGUCUUCAAUGUCGUCGAACAAUCAGACUUCGAUUCCUACAACGGCGGAGUCUCUAUACACCUAUACCGUCGUAAGAUCGCAACAACCACAGGACUUGACACCGUAUAGCGCCGUAUCUUCUUUCAAUCUACCUGCUCGACCUGACACAAACCUCUACACACCCAUCUCAAUAACCAGCUCGCCCGUCAUACCCGUCAAGGCCAACACAACGAUGGACAGUGCAGUGCACAUCAAGAUGUCGCCAGAAAUGUCUCCAACCUCUUAUACCAUGUUCCCUGAAGAAGAGGAUUUUAGCCCCCGAUUCAGUGGCCCUAUGCUUAUGAAAGCCAAGACAUCAUAUUCAGCUGGACUUCACAUUUCCUUGGGCGGUGACUCGUUAGGUCCCGACUCUCCAAACUUCUGUGGCUCGCCACCUUCUCCAUAUUUUGGUUCAUUUGGCGUCUCCGCACAGCCAAAGCACUCAACUUCUCCACCGAGCGCACACCUAAGUCCUCGCAUGCAGCCGACCAGCAGUCAAAGCGAAAACGAUCUCCUCUUGUAUCAACGAGCAUCCAUCCACAACAGCAGUUAUAGACCGAACAUUCAGGCACCUGUUCUCAUUGCGCCUAAUCCGGCAAUCAGGCGGCCAGCGUUUGGAUCAUAUCGGCAGAACUCGCUUCCAUCGAACAGGUCGCCCCCUUCGCAUUCUUUGCAGCACACGAUCUUUUCUCAGGACGAUGCAUUGAAUUCAUCGCGAGGGAGAAAAGGCCAAAGGAAAGCGGAACCUUCUUACAACGACUACCACACCAUAGUCACAACUCCCGAGCUACGGGAAGAGUUGAACGAUCAAGAGUUGCGCAUUCUGGACUUGAGGUACAAAGAUGGAUUGCAGUGGAAGGAAGUUGCAAGCGUGUACUCGAAAGAACACACCAAGAAGACUGCCGUUGCUGCUCUCCAGAUGCGGAGGAGAAGAUUAAUGGAGAGGAUCUCGGCCAAGGCAUACGAAAUUGCCUCUUGUAGUCCAAACACAGCCAAGUGGGAGCCGAUCUGUAGGCAGCUGCAGAGGUAUGCUCAGCGGCGAUCAUCGCGAGAAUCCGCGGAACACCAAAGGAAAUGGGAGGUCCAUUCACCGUAUGGGUCGCAUUAUGACGUGCAACCGAAGCGUGAGAGAACAGCUUCUGAUCUCACUGUUGAGUCGUAUGACCAAGACUCUUGGUCUGAUGGAAGAGAAAGUACUGGCCACAGUCUUCAUGAUAGUGAUCAUGGAGGACUUUUGUCUGCUUUAUCAAGUGCGACAAUGGACGAUGUUCGAAGUCGCGCCACCAGUGAUGCUAGCAUGCAACUACAUAUGCAACAGCAACAGCAACAGCAACAGCAACAGCAACAGCAUCAACAACAGCAGCAGCAACAACAACAACGCCAACAGCACCAAAACAUUCUCUACGCCCAACAGCAAGUCCAACAACAACAAAAUAACUGGGGUCCAAGGCAGAACUCCUGAGUCAGUCAUUCAUUCAUAGAUAGUGUUUUCGGCCUCUCGAGUGUGCAAUUCUGCUUCUUGGCUGCUCUUUAGGGGAAUAAUGGGAACU